UCACAGGAACCAAGUAUGGCUGUGGAAUCGGAGGGUGUGGAGCCUGCACCGUCAUGGUCUCUACGUACAAUCCAGACACUAAGAAGAUACGACAUUUCCCAGCCAACUCUUGUCUACUUCCAUUGUGUUCAUUGUAUGGUGCUGCAGUAACCACUGUGGAAGGAGUCGGAAACACUAAAACCAAACUUCAUCCCAUACAGAAAAGGCUGGCCGAGUGCCACGGCUCCCAGUGUGGCUUCUGCACCCCCGGAAUGGUGAUGUCGAUGUAUUCUCUACUAAGGAAUCACCCGGAACCCAGCAUGGAGCAGAUUUCAGCCGCUCUGGAUGGUAAUUUAUGUCGUUGUACUGGAUACAGACCUAUCAUUGAUAGCUUCAGUGCUUUCUCAAAGGAGUCCUGUCCCCUGGCAGGGAGUGGGAGGUGUUGCUUGGAUCAAGAAGAUGAGAAGGAGAAAGAAAAAGAAAAAGAAGAAGAAGGUUUAGCUCCAGAGCCUAAAAGAGGAGAUCGGAUGCAUUCAGGUCUCUGCCAACCAGAAGACUUCCAGCCCAAGGACCCAACCCAAGAUUACAUAUUCCCGCCUGAACUCAUGAGACUAGCUGAAGAGAGCAAACGAAGAACUCUGGUUUUCAGAGGAGAAAGGACUACCUGGAUUUCUCCUGUAGCCCUCCAGGAACUUCUGGUCCUGAAAGCCCAGCACCCCAAUGCCCCUCUUGUGGUAGGGAACACAAGCAUAGGAAUUGAUGUGAAAAAGCUGGGUAUUUAUUAUCCAGUUAUCCUUUAUCCUGCAAGGAUUCGAGAUCUGCAUGUUGCCUACAGGACAAAUAAUGGGCUAGUGAUAGGUGCGGCAACCCACUUGGCCCAGCUGAGAGACAUCUUGUUAGACGUGGUCCCAGAACUCCCUGCGGAGAAGACAAAGAUUUACCGUACUCUGUUGAAGCAGCUGAGAACACUGGCGGGAGAACAGAUCAGGAAUCUGGCUUCCUUAGGAGGACACAUUGUAAGUAGAGGAUCACCAUGGGAUCUGAAUCCUGUUCUAGCAGCUGGGAAAGCUAUCCUCAAUCUGGCAUCAACAGACAGAAGACGACAGAUUCCCCUAAAUGGUGAAUUUCUUGAACGAUUGCCAGGGGCAGACCUUUCCCCAAAAGAGGUCAUAGUCUCAGUUUUUAUUCCAUUCUCAAAGAAGGAUGAAUUUGUGUCCGCAUUCCGACAAGCUGAGCGGAGGAAGAAUGCGAUGUCCGUGACCAAUUCGGCAAUGCAAGUUCAGUUCCAGCCAGGCACUGAUGUCAUUGAGGACCUGACUAUUUUGUACGGAGGCAUUGGCCGUACCACAGUGAGUGCCCCGGUCACCUCUCGGAAGCUACGAGGAAGAAGCUGGAAUGAGCAGAUGCUGGACGAUGCUUGCAGGCUCAUUCUGGAAGAAAUCCAACUCUCGCCUUCUGCAUUAGGUGGGAAAGUGGAAUACAGACGGACUCUCCUCGUCAGCUUCUUUUUCAGAUUUUAUCUGGAAGUGCUACAAGGUUUAAAGUGCAUGUACCCCUCCAGGUAUCCUGACUUGUCAGAGGAAACCUUGAGUGCCUUAAGCGAGUUCCAUGACCAUCCCCCACAGGGCAUGCAAGAAUAUCAGGAUGUCGACUCCCAGCAGCCUCCCCAGGACCCAGUGGGGCGUCCCAUCAUGCACGAGUCUGGGAUUAAGCAUGCCACUGGUGAGGCUGUCUACACCGAUGACAUUGCUCCAGUAGAUGGGCAGCUCUACAUGGCGCCGGUGACCAGCACACGAGCCCAUGCGAAGAUUAUAGCUAUUCAUUUGUCAGCAGCCUUAGAAACUCCAGGAGUGGUUGCUGUGGUAUCAGCUGCUGAUAUUCCAGGGAAAAAUGGUGAUGAACAUGAGAAAGUAUUUGCUGAAGAUGAGGUAAUAUAUGUUGGUCACAUUAUCUGUGGCGUGGUCGCGGAGACCUAUGAGCUUGCAAAGGAAGCUGCCAAAAAAGUGAAGAUACAGUAUCAAGACUUGGAACCGAUUCUGACAAUUGAGGAUGCCAUAAGGCAUAAUUCAUACCUCCUACAAGAAAAGAAAAUAGAACAAGGAGAUGUUGAAAAAGCAUUUCAGACAGUAGACAGAAUUAUCGAAGGUGAAAACCAUACUGGAUGGCAAAAACAUUUUUACAUGGAAACAAAUAGCACCGUUGUCAUUCCGAGAAAAGAGGACAAUGAAAUGAUCGUCUAUGUUUCCACACAGGAUGCUGCAAACGUCCAGCAACUGGUAGCCUCAACGUUGGGUGUCCAGGCCAAUAGGAUCAGGUGCCGCACGACACGAGUCGGUGGAGCUUUUGGAGGGAAAAUAACGAAACCUUCCUUUUUUGCUUCUGCCGCAGCGGUAGCAGCACACAAGACUGGCUGUCCAGUACGUUUUAUUCUGGAACGAGAUGAUGACAUGUUCAUAACUGGAGGUCGACACCCUCUUUUGGGGCAAUAUAAAGUGGGAUUCAUGAAUGAUGGUACAAUCCAAGCUGCUGACCUUGUGUACUAUAUAAAUGGUGGGUGUACAAAGGAUAUGUCUGAAAUGGUGAUAGACUUUGUGGUGCUGAAAAGUUUUAAUGCCUACGACAUCCCCAACUACCGAUGUCGCGGACGUACCUGCAAGACUCAUAUGCCAUCGAAUACUGCAUUACGAGGAUUCGGUUUCCCGCAAUCGGGCCUUGCCACAGAAAUGUGGAUUGCAGCUGUGGCAGAUGAGCUUGGCUUGCCUCACGAGAAAGUCCGGGAGAUGAACAUGUACAAAACGGUUACUGACACACCCUACAAAAAAAAGGUUGAUCCGAAGAAUAUGAUUGAAUGUUGGAAUCAAUGCUUUAAGAGGUCUGACUACUACAACAGAAGAAAAGCAAUUGAGGAAUUUAACAAGCAAAACUACUGGAAGAAGAAAGGCAUUUCGAUCAUUCCCAUGUUGUUUUCAAAUGGAGGCACCAAAACAUAUGAACAUCAGGCUUAUGCUCUUGUGAACAUCUAUUUAGAUGGGUCAGUGUUGGUGCAUUGUGGUGGAUGUGAGCUGGGACAAGGGCUUUACACCAAGGUGUUACAGGUUGCCACCCAUGAAUUAAUGAUACCCUCAUCUUAUAUACGUAUUUUUGAAAGAAGUACCGUUCCAAUACCCAACGCGAUGGUCACAGCGGGAGCUUUUGCCUCAGAAACCAACGGCAAAGCAGUCCAGAAUGCGUGCCGAACUCUUCGGAAGCGCCUUGAACCAGUCAUUAAAAAAAACCCCAAAGGCAAAUGGGAAGAGUGGAUUAAGAAAGCUUUUGAGGAAAGCAUCAGCCUCUCAGCUACUGGCUACUUCAAGGGAUAUGUCGCCCAUAUGGACUGGAAGGCUGGAGAAGGAAACCCUUUUUCAUACUUUGUUUUUGGGGCUUCUUGCUCUGAAGUGGAGAUUGACUGCCUGACAGGGGACCAUAAGAAUCUCCGAUCAGACCUUGUUAUGGAUGCCUGUUACAGCAUCAAUCCAGCAAUCGACAUAGGACAGGUUGAAGGUGGCUUUAUGCAAGGAGUUGGAUUCUUUACAGCAGAAGACCUAAAAUUCUCCCCAGAAGGAGAACAGUACAACCGAGGCCCAGACUCUUAUAAAAUCCCUGCUGUUUGCGAUGUCCCAGAACAGUUUAGAAUCUACUUGCUGCCGAACACAAGAAACCCAAUUGCCAUCUACUCCUCCAAAGAUAUGGGAGAAGCUGGAGUGUUCAUGGCAUCCUCCAUAUUCUUCGCUAUCAAGGAUGCUGUGGACGCUGCCCGGAAACAAAGAGGAAUGAACGAAUUUUUCGUCCACGAAGGUCCACUGAACAUAGCGAGGAUUCGCAUGGCGUGUGCCGAUCCUUUUACAGAGAUGAUUCCAAAGGAUGAACCCGGUACCUAUAAACCAUGGGCUAUUGACGGGCCCUAA